GGGCUUCAGAGGCGGGGCCGGCGCGGGCUGCACGGCUGCGCACUAAGGACGCGCUGUCGCCGCGGUGAGGAGACGCGAUGGCAGGGCCCGCGUGGAUGUCCAAGGUCUCUCGGCUGCUGGGGGCAUUCCACAACCCAAAACAGGUGACCAGAGGUUUUGCUGGUGGUGUUCAGACAGUAACUUUAAUUCCUGGAGAUGGUAUUGGCCCAGAAAUUUCAGCUGCAGUUAUGAAGAUUUUUGAUGCUGCUAAAGUGCCCGUUCAGUGGGAGGAGCGGAAUGUCACUGCCAUUCAAGGACCAGGAGGAAAGUGGAUGAUCCCUCCAGAAGCCAAAGAGUCCAUGGAUAAGAACAAGAUGGGCCUCAAAGGCCCUUUAAAGACCCCAAUAGCAGCUGGCCACCCAUCCAUGAAUUUAUUGCUGCGUAAAACGUUCGACCUUUAUGCAAAUGUCCGACCAUGUGUCUCAAUCGAAGGCUAUAAAACCCCUUACAACGACGUAAAUAUUGUCACCAUUCGCGAGAACACAGAAGGGGAGUACAGUGGAAUCGAGCAUGUGAUCGUGGAUGGAGUUGUGCAAAGCAUCAAGCUCAUCACCGAGGAGGCGAGCAGGCGCAUUGCGGAGUUCGCCUUCGAAUACGCACGGAACAACCACCGGAGCAACGUCACCGCCGUGCACAAGGCCAACAUCAUGCGGAUGUCCGAUGGGCUUUUUCUGCAAAAAUGCAGGGAAGUUGCAGAAAACUGUAAAGAUAUCAAAUUCAAUGAGAUGUACCUUGAUACAGUGUGUUUGAACAUGGUACAAGACCCGUCCCAGUUCGAUGUCCUUGUUAUGCCAAAUUUGUAUGGAGACAUCCUGAGUGACCUGUGUGCAGGACUGAUUGGAGGUCUCGGUGUGACACCCAGUGGGAACAUUGGCGCCAAUGGGGUCGCGAUCUUCGAGUCGGUUCACGGCACCGCCCCCGACAUCGCGGGCAAAGACAUGGCCAACCCUACAGCCCUGCUGCUCAGCGCCGUGAUGAUGCUGCGCCACAUGGGGCUGCAGGCGCACGGCGCCAGGAUCGAGGCCGCCUGCUUCGCCACCAUCAAGGACGGGAAGAGCUUAACAAAAGACUUGGGAGGCAACUCAAAAUGCUCAGACUUCACAGAAGAGAUCUGUCGCCGAGUGAAAGAUUUAGAUUAGCGCUUCUGCAGAUGGUACUUGAUCAGUCACUCGUAACGGACGCCGCGUAAGCCUGUGUUAGGACAUGUCCCGUUCUGUGUGCGCUUGGUUUCCUGUUUCCUCUUGUUAGAUCCGGCUUUUCUUAACAAAAUCUGUGCAAACGAUGCAGGUGACAUCCCUCGGCCUGCUUUAAAGGACUUUCCAAGUGCUUCUUUUAUUUAUUAAAUGUCUAUUUGGUAUACAUUUUUUUGUAAACUCUAAGCAGACUAUCAUUGCCAUUUUACACUUGCGUUAAAACAGUUUUUCCUCAGCUGUAAAUAUGAUACAGAAUUAAUAAGAGAAAACAUCUAACUUUUUAAAGAAAAAGUUUUCCUUGGUUUAUGAAAAAUAUAAUAGAAAUAAAACAGAAUUAUUGACAUAAUAGCACAAGAGACAUUUCCUAGGAAAGUUCACAUCAAAAACAGUUAAUAUGGUGUAUUUCUUAGUUAUAUGGAAAAAUUGAGAGAUCUGUCCAUUAUAUGAAUUACUGAGUAUGAAUAGACUUCAGAUUGAAGAAAUAUAUGAGAGCUAUAAUUUUUGUUAAUAAGACAUAGGUAAUAUAUUGGCUACAAAGACAAAUGUAUUGUUUGAUUAUUUUGUUACCUUGCAAUUUCCUGUUCUUGGCGAGAUCUUUUAACGAAGUAGAGGGUGAUACUUCCUUUUCACUGGACACACGUUAAGCAUCAUACGUAACAGCAUUUGAGCCCCUGGACUGACUGAGUGGUACGUGGGAGCUGACCACUCCCGCAGCACACGUGUCACACUCCAGCUGAUACUGCUAAAAGGCCUGACCACAUGGCUAUUGUCAGCGCUGCCCCCUCCCACUCCCCUCGGCACCAGGGGUAGGAGACCAGGUUGCAGAGACCCAACAGACUCAGCACUGGGACUUGGGCUCAGCUUUAAGCCUUCAGGCACUCCUCGUGCCCCCAGCUCCUCCCUGGCCCCCAGCAUGAUUUCUUUGACACCAAGUCACUAUUUUCAUGAACAGUUAUCCUUUGGCCUCAAACCAAAGGCAACUCAUGUCUUCCGUUGCCCCUUGUGUAACGUUGCAAACCUGUGGCUUUGCAUAAUGUACCCAGGUCAUGGGGAUUUCUUAACAACCAGUAUCCCUGUCUGGGUGCUUUUUAAGGCUUGUAAUGAGACUUACAAUCUUACACGUAUUUUACUCUGUUUCAGCUGCCGCUUCUGUUUUAUUGGAUUAUGCUAACUAUUCUUGGGUUUACACUAAUAAAGAAUUCCCAAACUGA